GGAUUCUGUACAAGGCAAGCAGUUAUGAACACAAAGCUAUAAUGUCUAGAGAAAAGUACAAUUAGCAUUGAUGAAUGUUCUACAUCAGCUGAGAUUGUUUUUGUUUACUUUCUAUUUUGUUUAAAGAGGGUUUGCGAAUGAUCUUUGGCACAAUGCCCAAUGCACAAUUUUGUGCCCAAGUACUAGUAGUAUCGAUAUAGAACUCUUUUCGAUCACCCCGAAAUAGAUCUUGUUCUAUUCUGGAAGAGGUGUCUGCUGUAGAUCUGGGAUCAGUCUAACUAAAUGUGUUGUGGAGUUGCAACAUUUGGGCACACGAUAUCAACACAGAAUGUCUCAGGCCAGGAUAACAGCGUACAUGGAGAAGCAUCGAAUCGGUGCCUUGUUCGAGGAUCUGAUGAACAGAACAUUGAGAGACAUGCCAGAGGAGCCUAUGAUCUAUUUACUGAGGGCGAUGUACAAGAAAGCUGGCAUGGAAAUCCCACAGGGUAUCCGUUAUGGAGGUCUCCGCAAAUCCACGUCAGAACUGACCCGUAGCUCCAGCCCUGAGAGAGCCUCACGGUUUGCACAAGUGUCAAGUUCUGAAACUGCUGAUGUGGGUGCAUCGAGAGAUUACGACCGGCCUUGGGCAACAUCUCCAGUGCGUCGUGUGAAACCCAAAAAGCCAGAGACCACUGCAGGAUCCAAACCUGAAUGGAACGCAGACAACAAAAUGAGGGUAUCGGCGUUGGAUGAGUUUUGGGCUGAUGCUGAGACUGGAAAGAAGGAAAAAUCUGGUGUAACAGCUUCUCGCAAGUCUGCAGUGAAAAAGUCUGGGACAUCAGCGAGUGCCUGGGCCUCUGUGGGGCUGAAGGAAGGAGAGGAGUUCACGAGUCCAGCAUACCAAGGGCGCGGACAAAGCCAUCGGAACAGGAAGUUGACAGAGGCUGAGCUGCUUGCUGCGGAGACUGUGGCACAGUCUGGGAGAAUUGAGCCGCAGAUCGAUGUGUCCACGCUGUCCAGUGCUAGAGGCCAUCAUGUCGGAGGUCCAAAGUACGAUGGACGAAGACAUCGUGAGAAAUUGUCCCAGCUGCUCUCGGAGGCAGAGACAAAAUCAUACGACUCGGGAAUCGAUAUGGACCCGCGGCACGGGGAUACUGGUUAUGAUGCCAUCGAGCUUCUAGAGAACGCUGAAGACUUGAGAAGAGAAGGCGUGGCCAACGUUCCCCGGUCCGGCUACAAGCUCAGCAAGGCUGUUCGCUAUCGCACGAAUGAACCCAGAGUAAAGCUGCAGAUAAAUGCCUACCCCACCCAAGAAGACCCGGCCGGUCCCUACGGCUACUUGACCAGUGAGAGAGCUUCUCCCACAGCUCCAG